GUGACGUCAUAUCGUUAAGGUGAAUACUCUAACAACAAACCACGGUGACAGCGAAGCCCUGCGAACUUGUACUACUUGUUUUACAUGCUCGGCUGUUGACGACGGAAUCCUCACAUUGUACAACGUUUGUAGACAGUGUUUCAAAGUUACGAGUCCGGUCCCUUCAAUUAUAGAAUGCCCACAAGUAUGACACCGUCGAAUGAGUUCUGGAUAGCGGAGUCCAAAAAGGAUUCGAGUUUCGAUGACAAUUAUAAUCGGGGCAAGGAGCUAGGACGGGGUGCUACAUCAGUGGUAUUCAGAUGUGAACAAAAAGGAACAGACAAACCAUUCGCCGUUAAAACAUUACACAAAAAUGUAGACAAAAAGAUUAUACGAACUGAAAUUGGAGUACUAUUAAAACUGAAACAUCCAAACGUGAUUCAGCUUAAAGAAAUAUUUGAAACGCCGCUUCAUCUUGAUCUAGUUUUGGAACUUGUAACUGGAGGAGAAUUAUUUGAUAGAAUUGUUGCCCGGGGUUACUACAGUGAACGUGAUGCUGCGUCAAGCAUUAGACAGAUAUGUGAGGCAGUAGGAUAUUUACACGAAAAUGAUAUCGUUCACAGAGACUUGAAACCUGAAAACUUACUCUAUCAAGACACAUCUGAAGAUGCAUUACUAAAAAUAGCCGACUUUGGUCUAUCAAAGAUAAUGAGUGACAGCGUAACAAUGCAGACAGUCUGUGGUACCCCUGGAUACUGUGCACCGGAGGUUCUACAUGGUACACCGUACGGACCAGAAGUUGAUAUGUGGGGAGUGGGCGUUAUUACCUACAUCCUCCUUUGUGGUUUUGAACCAUUUUAUGACGAUAGAGGAGAUAAAUACAUGUUCCAGAAAAUACUGAAUGCAAAUUAUGAAUUCAUUUCACCAUGGUGGGAUGAUGUGUCACUAAAUGCUAAGGAUCUAAUCAUGAAGUUGUUAGUACUUGACCCAAAGAAGCGACUGACAGCUAAAGAGGCAUUACGGCAUCCCUGGGUGCUAGGAAAUGCCGCCAAGUUCAGCCAUAUGGAAAACACACAAGAAAAUCUCAAAGAGUUUAAUGCAAAGAGAAAACUAAAGGCUGCCACACAAGCUAUCAUGAUUGCUACAAAAUUAGGAUUUGAAUUCACCUCAGCAUCUCCACCACGUCCAGCUAGUGCCAGCUCUGCAGAGGGCAAGAAUUGAAGUCUGCGAGCAAAAACAAACAAAUAUUUAGAAAUACUGCAAGAAAACCAGGAAAAAUAAAUGAAUUGUGAAAUACUGACCAGAAUGAACUGAAGAGAUUUCACCAAAGUGGAGUUUUUUUAUUUUUAAUCAAUUUUUAACUUAAAUGUUUUUGGGGUUGUGACAGAUUGACUCCAUGCUUGUACCACGGUUACUAAAGUAGUAACCGUGGUUGUACAUAAUAAACCAGUGAAUAAUGUCACAAGAUAUAUGACCAACUUCCUUCAGUAAACUGUUCUGGAAUUUGUCUUUAACCUUUAACCUUUUGAGCUCGCAAAAUAU